AGUACACUACAUUAAAAGUUACAGUACUCAAGACAAUACUCAAGUCAGUCAAGUACUCUACUGAAAGUCUACACUCACACUGUCUACAGUACUGUGACUGUAGAUGAUAGUAAGUUGAGUGAUAGUGUCUAAGUCAAGGCAAGGGAAUCAACAACCUAUUCAUAGAUCUAUUAAAUCUAUACAUUUUAAAACAUAUAAUACCUUAUCAUCAUAUCACAUGACAUGUCUUAUGCAAGUUUAUGUACAAGUUUUGUAACAACAGCACCAGUGCUGUUUCUGCCAGAUUUUUUUUUAAGUGCAACACAUCAGUCUAGAUCUAUUACUAGAUAUAAUAAUGAAGAAAGCCUAACUGAUUGUAUAAAUGAGUUGGGUGAUGGUGAUGCUCCUUCAACUGUCAGCUGUUUUAUAAGUCCAUUCAUUGACAACACAGACUACAGAACUAUCAGGAAUAUAGAAGAGACAGGAGAUGUUCUGACAAAAAGGAAAGAGAUCAGACAUGUCAAGGACUCAUCAAAACGAGAACUAAAAUUAGAAAAUGAAAAUGCUGAAGCUUUCUUGAAUUUUCCUUUCUUCACUGAUAGAGCUACAUGCAUGCACUUAAAGAGACCGAGCACAAAAGUUAUGUUUAUCAUGAGAGGACUCUCCGGCUCAGGCAAAUCUACCAUUGUCCAGAAGAUAAAAUCAAUAUAUGCUAAAGCUGUCAUCUGCUCAGCUGAUGAUUAUUUCUAUUCUAAGGAUGGUGUCUACAACCAUGAUAAUAAUUUGCUGGGAGCUGCUCAUGCUGACUGCCAAAGUAAAGCAGCACAAGCCUGCCAACAGAAUGCACCCAUCAUUGUGAUUGACAACACCAAUGUCAAGAGGUGGGAGAUGAAGUAUUAUGCUGACCUUGGCAAUGUCCAUGGCUAUGUGAUUGUCACCGUGCAGCCCAAGACACCCUGGAAAAUGGACCCAGUGCAGCUGGCACAGAGAAACAAACAUGGAGUGCCUUAUGACAUUCUUAAAAAAAAGGUCCAGAUGUUUGAUGAUGUCGUCCCAGUCUAUUAUGGCUGGUUUCUCUGUGAGAAAAAAUCAAACAGUCUUAUGAGCCUGGCAUCAAAAAUAUUUCUUGAAUGUAUAAUCAAACUUCCAGAGUUUAAAAAGUAUUUACUGAAUGCAAUGAACAUUAAGCCUGAACAUAUCUCUGAUGAAAUGGCUGAGCACUUAUUAUCAACCUACCACACCAAACCUGUCAAGAAGAGCCCACUUCUGCAUUGUACAUCCAUGUACUGUGGCUCAGGCAGAGCACCAGGCUGUCUACAGUAUCACAGGAGCAUCAACAUUCAGAGUGCUUGUGGGCAAGUCUUUGAACUGGCCCUGUCAGGAUUAAUUAUAACAAAGAGGACAAUGGCAGCUAGGGUGACAUUGAGUUCAGCUGCAGCACCCCUGUUCAAAAAUGCAGCUGUAGAAGAAUGGAAUGAAAGGACAUCGCAAGCAAAUUUAAGUUCCAGAAAAAAUGAAAAGUUCAGAAAGAUAAAGAGCAAGAAAAAUGGCAAACUUAAAAAAAAUAUGCCAGAUGUUCCAUUGUUAAUGGCAGAUGAUAAUUUAAACACGAGUCCUUUCUUGUCAUUCCUGACAAGAAAGUUUCCUAAGCUUACUGUCAGUGGUUCAUUGAGAAAUGCUCACUUCACAUUAAAAACAAGUCCAGGAGUUGAAUCAAAAGAAGUCAACACAGAUAUUUUAGACAUUUGCCAAGUUGAAAGCUCAAGUGCGAUAGAAAUUCCAGAAUUUGUACCAGUUACUGGGGGUCAAGCAUGCUAUCUUGGUGAUGGGAUUUGCUGUGUCUACUUUGAUGUUACUCCAAAAGUCAAAACCAUAUUUUCAGGCUACUAUUAAAUCAUAUUUAAAAAUGCGUUAAUUCCAGUCCUUAACAUAGUGAUAAAAAAGAAAGUAAAGUUUCCCAUUCAGACCUUGCCAUCUAUGGGGCAGAUGAUGUAAAGUUCAUCUGUUUCUGUGGCCAACAGUUAACAAGAGUGUCAUGUGGUCAGCUUAACAACCUGCUGCCUUUACUUUUCCCCAACUAAUGUUAGAGCUGGGUGGACUCAGAGGUGCCCAAAGGUCCCGAAAUUUAAAAUUCCAGUCUUCAACAGGAUUUGAACCCAGGACCCCCUAUUCAGAAGCCAAGUGCUUUACCGCUCAGCCACCAGGCCUCCUUUAACAUAGUGAUAAUUGUUACUAAAUAUUAUGUUGCUAAACAAAUUUUAUUUUAAAUGUAUAUUUCGCUAGAGGUUUUUUUAAUUAACUUUUUAAAGGUAAGUCUUUUUGUGUGUAUGUGGGCCAUAUUUAUUUCCAUUAAAAUUUUUUUUUACUCUUUUUUAAAACAACAUCUAAACAUAGAUGUUAAAUGUUAGUAUAAUGUUGUUGUUGUUUUCAAAUUCAUUUUACUAAUUCUUUUUAUUACAAAGGCUGGCUGUUUAAAUUAUAUUCUAACUAUUGGAGAUCAAAAUAUAAAACUUUGUUUCCAGCACAGUUAAUUUUUGAAGGCUUAUUCCCCUUUGAACCAUUCAUUGUGAUAGCACUGAUGAAUAAUCAAACUGCUCUUAUAAUCAGCUCGCUGUGAUGUUGUACAAAGUACCAGUAAAUUUUUCUUGAAUGUUUGCAUGUGAAGAAUAAAGAAAAAGAUCAGUUCCAACAGGACUAUAAUCCUAGACCCUCGGUUGUAUUUUUUAAUUUUCUCUACAUAUCUGUCAUGUGAUCAAUAUUGAUGUUUCUCUAUAGUUUUAAUUUCUAUGUGAACCUUUCUUUGAAUAUUAAACCCUAACCCUAACCUCAUGUUUGAUUUUCAAAUCUUACCAAAUAAUGUUAGGAUUCCAUUGCAGUUUUAAUUAUAACUCUGAAGUAUUUUUCAUUUUUGGUUUGAGUUUUUAUUUAAUUCAGUUGUGUAUUUUUCUAAAAGAAACAAGCUUUAAUUAGCUACUCAUUUUCGAACACAAUAAUUUCAUUUUGCAAAAUUCUUGUAUGUUUUGUUUGAUUGUUUAAGCUGCUUGAAAAUAAUCUUUUUUUUUUCGUUCCUGAUUUAAUGCAACAGGGUAGCCUUAAGAUUUUUCAGUAGGUAAUAAAAAUGGCACCAGUAUUUUCUUAUCCAAUGAUGUUAUUAAGACUUGUAUUCUGAAAAGAAAAUUUUUUAACUGAUAAUGCUUGUGGCACCUUGAAUGCUGCAUAUUGGCUACCUACUUCUACCUUUGAAUUUUUGUGAGUCAUUUCCUGUACCUUUAUAUCCUUCAUUUCUUUCUGAAAAACUUAUCUUGCUUAAAUUCUUUGGGUCACUUAAAUGGUCAAUGUUUAUUCUCUUAGUCUUUGGCUGGGGGAAAAUGUACUCCUUUUUAAGGAGUGGUUUGACCUUGCUUAUGACCAGCUAAUGGUUGCAAUCUGUUAUCAGAGGCGUAGUGAGGAAAACGUGCGUCCAGGGCAGGGUACUUUAUUGGUGCCCCACCCCCUUUCCAUGAACAUCAAAUAGAAAUAUAAGGUUAUAAAUAAAAAGUAUUUAAUAAUAAUAGGAUACAAAUAACCUUAGGAUGUAUUACCUAACUAAAAUAUUCACAAUAAUUUUAAUUUUUUUUUGGUCCCUCUCUGCAUGCGCUGCUCUACUGGUGGUGGCGCCCAGGGCAUUGUGCCCCUUGUCCACCCCUCACUACACCUCUGGGGUUAAUGACACUUGAAAGCAUUUCUCACCUUUUUUUUUUGAGUUCUAUUCUCUCAUAAGCUGUCCCUAACAAAUGCAUCUAGCUUGACAUCCUGGCCUAUAAAAUUCAAGUAAAUCUAGUGACUUGUUUUAUUAACAGGCAUGUCUCCUAUCAGUGGUGGGCAUUCUCUAGAAUAAUUUCUCUGUAAAUCAAUCUUUUCCUAUCAAUAAAAUUAACACUUCUCCCUAUUGUUACUUUGAUAGUUGGUAACAGGUUCUUUUUAUUGGUGCCAAUUAUUGGUCCUCUCUACUUUGUCUUCAAAUAGGGUUAUCUAAAUUAGCAUAGACUAGGAGAUAUCUUUUAAUUUUAACAUUAAUCCAUAUUUAAAUUAAUAUUCCAACUCAGUUUGUUUUAGAACCCAUUUAGAUAUUUUAUCUGAGAGUAUAAGUCUUGGACUCUAAAAUAGAUUUUUCAUUCAUUGCAUCAUGCUUUUGUUUCUAAUGUACUGUUCCCAGAGCUGUCAAAUUGUAGUUCAUCUUCUAGUCUGUCACUUUUGAAAGAUGUGAUGCUUGUUUACUUUCUCUGUACAGGUACUAUUGGGAUUUUGUUAUCUUGACUGUCAGAAUAGUUUCUGUAAUGAGAUUUUGUUUUCUUCUAUUGUUCUGAUUCUGAUAAUGAACUGUUGAUUUUCUAUCCUUGGUAGUUCAUUGUCACAAUCAUUUCUGUUAUUGUUUCUUGUACUCUAUUGAUUCUAAUAGUGAAUCACUGAUCUAUCCUGAUAACUUGAUGUCAUUGUCUCUUAAAGCACUGUCUAGCUAUAAGCUCUGUGUUGUUCACAAUUAUAUACUACUUGUAUUCUCUCUGUCCAUAUGAAGCAUUACUAGAGGCAGCAGCAACACAAACUGGGCUCUACUUGUUAUUUUUAAAUAAAUCUUCUCCAUGGUGUGAAUUGAAAAAAAAAAUGUUUCUAUACUUUGUUCUGCUUUGUUCUCAAUUGUGUAAAGUUUGUCUCAAAUUAAUAAGAUACUCAUGGAAGUCAGCCAUUUUUCUGCAACCAUUAUGUUUUAAUUGACCCAUCGCAUAAAACAAUUUGAUUGCUAUUUUAAACCAUAAUCCUGUCAGUAUUAUCAUUUGUUAAAAUUCAUUGGUCAUGCAUUAUUGUUGGCUUAUAUUUUGGCACAUGGGCUUUUUUAAAGUCAAUAUCUAAAAGUGAUUAUUAUGUAAUAUUUUAUUU